AUGAAUCGGAUAGCGCGUCAUUUGAGAAAUGUUGCACGCCGAAAAGGCUCGCUUCUUCUCGUUCUCCUCAUGAUAAAUACAGUUCUGAUAACAGGAACCACAGCAAAAGAAGACGGUAAGUUAGGGGAAGAGGAUGAGGAUUUCGGGUGGAAUGAUGAAGAACCACCGGAUGGUCAGAGUAUACAAGAUGGUGGUAUUCCACUUGUUAGAAAAGAGGAAUUCACUAAUAAUCAGUUGUAUGCGGAAGCAUAUCAAAGUUAUAUUCAGGCAUUGGCAUAUCCGGCCAGACUAGUAGUCCGUCCAGAUUCAUCCACGGUAGUAGAUGAAUCCAAAAUUUCAUUUUUCUGCCGAGCGGAUGGAAACCCGUUGCCUAGUGUCAUCUGGAGGGUCAAUGGGAAAUCUAUAUCGGAUCAUAACAGAAUAUCUAUAAAAUCAUUAUCAACUGGACUAUCAACUCUCCGAUUCGAACGAGUUUCUGUUGAUGACAAUGCUACAGUAGUCUCGUGUUCAGCAGAUAAUGGAGUUGCCAAUCCAGUAGUCGCUGAGGCUUCUCUAACAGUUGUUCCAAGAGAUAAACUUCCAUCUGGAUUCCCCCAAAUCGAACUUCAUCCAUCAUUGAAAUCAGUGGAACAGGGAAAAACUGCAUACGUCUCUUGUCGAGUUCGUGGAGAUCCUCGAGCGAAAGUUCUUUGGCUUCGAGAUUUGAUUCCAUUAGAUAUUCGAGCAGAUGGUAGAUAUUCAGUCAGUACAAUCGGGAAUCCAGGAGCUCUGAUGAUUCAACAUGCAAGAGAAGAAGAUCAGGGAAAAUAUGAAUGCAUCGCGAGGAAUUCUCUGGGUGUUGCUCAUUCGAAAGCAGCCAAUCUCUAUGUCAAAGUUCGACGUGUACCCCCCUAUUUCUCCUAUAAAUUAGAACGACAGUAUGUAGUCGGAGUCGGUGGAAACAUCAAUUUGACAUGUGUUGCUGUGGGUUACCCGAUGCCACGUGUCUUUUGGAAGAAGACUGAUCUAAUGGUCCUUGACGAUCCAUCGACAGCACCAAUCGGAAAGAAUGUACUCACGCUGACUCACGUGGAAUCCACUGAAAAUUUCACAUGCGUCGCUGUGAGUGCACUAGGAAAUAUUGAAGCAACAACUACUGUUAUAGCAAAAGAACUCCCACCAAGUCCACUGAAUAUCGUCGUCUCUUCCGUGACUUCUGAAUCUGUUGUCAUCUCGUGGAAACCUCCAAAAUACAAUGAAGCUAUCAACAAGUUUAUAGUAAACUACAGACUCAAAUCCGACAAAGAAGAUGCUGCAUUGUUUACAAAAGGAGGAGCCGAAGAAGACGAUAGUGAAAGGUACUCUGAGAGUCGAUCAUCUCGUGGAAAAACUGUCGAAACCCUUGAAAACAGUUUGGUUAUCGAUGGCCUCGUUCCAUUCCAGACAUACGAGUUCACAGUACGAAGUGCUGGUCCAGUAGGUGUGGGAUUAGAAAGUCUUCCAGUAGAGGCACAGACGAUGGCAAGUAAGCCAGCAUCUGCUCCAGUCAGUCCACAAGCAAGAAGUUUGAAUCGAGACUCAAUUCUUGUGAAAUGGGGUCCAUGUGAACAACCGAAUGGAUUGAUUACUGGAUACAAAGUGUAUUAUACGAACGAUGUGGCAACGACUCCGCUUCGACAGUGGAAACAGCAUGAUGCAAAAUCAGAUGAAUUUAUGACAACAAUAAAUGGAUUGGAACCAGAUUCAAGAUAUUUCGUGAAGGUUGUUGCUCACAACUCAGAAGGAGAUUCACCUCUUUCUGAAUUGGUUACAGUUUCCACGAGGCAAGGAAUCCCUGGUCAACCUCCGAUGUUGAAAAUAAAAGCAUUGGAUUCUCGUCGAAUGCAAUUGACAUGGGACACUCCACUUCAUUCGUCUCCCGUCGUUGGAUACACUGUUCGAUACAACACUUCGGAUGGAGAAAAGGAGCUGACAUUGACGUCUCCGCACGAGAAACAUGUGGUCACUGGAUUGCAUCCCGACAAGUAUUAUUACUUUAGAGUUGCUGCAUAUUCGGAUAGAGGUCAAGGAGAGUUCACGGAACCAAUGAUCUCAAAAACUAUCGCUUCUAUUCCUCUAUCGUCUCCAACUAUUCUCUCGGGUGCGGCGACGUCCUCGAGAAGUGUCGAAAUCCGUUGGAAGGCUCCCGAACAGAAGAAAUUGAACGGCGUCUUGACAGCUUAUCGGAUUAGUUUCUUUCGUCUCGAAGACUCGACGAAACCUCUCGAUGAUUUCGAAGAAUCCGAUGAAUACGAUGAAGAAAUGAAAGAUUCAAUUGAGAAGAUUUCUGUUGUGGUACCCAGUGAUGUGACCUCAUAUGUUCUAUCCGACCUUCUACCGUAUUCCACUUAUGAGAUUACGGUAGCAGCGUCGACGAUGGAUGGAUAUGGACCAGAAAGUGCAAUUCGUGUUGUGAAAACUCUUGAAGACGGUUAG